AUGCUGAACUCGCUUUGUUGCUACAGGAACCCAAGCCCAAAGUGGCUUCUAGGCACCCAGCCCUCUGCAGAGGACGCACCAGCGCCAUUCGCCUGGAGUCCCUAUCUAUCUAGCGGUUCUCCGCUAUCUCGACAAGGAGCAAGCACUCGCGGUGAGGUACGUUUACCUCAGAGCCUGGAGUCUUGGAUGCCGGACUACCCGCAGCUUUUCAAGUUCAUGCUCGUCGGCGAUGAGGCAGCAGGAAAGACUUGCCUCUUGCUCCGAUUCACCGACAAGAAGUAUCGCACGAAGCACCGCACCAUAGGGGUGGACUUUGGUUCCCGCAACGUCGAUGUACAGGGGGAAGCUAUCCGUCUUCAGUGUUGGGACUGCACCGGCGCAGAUCGCUUCCGCAGUAUCAUCAGAACCUACUACCGUGGUGCUGCUGGUGCGCUUCUGGUCUACGAUGUCACGCGGCGAGACAGCUUCGAGCACUUACCGGAAUGGCUCAAGGAGAUCCGGGAGCACAUGGAUACUGGACUUGCCAUUACCCUGGUAGGCAACAAGGCCGACAUGGACAAGGAACGUCAGGUGAGCUUUGAGGAAGGCAGCAGAUUUGCAACUGACCACGGCCUCGGCUUCCUGGAGACGUCCGCAGUCACAGGCCAGCACGUGGACGAUGCCUUUCUUGCGACGGCUCGGCAGGCCUUGGCAAGAAGACCAACUCGAGCACCCGAAAGGCGGCUAGACAUCGGACACGAUUGA